AUGUCCCGCACGUCUGGACAAGAUCUACACACUUUCAGCAAUGUUUACUUUUCAAGGAUUGCUCUGGCUGGCGCUGUGCUCGCCGUCAUCAAGGUCAUCGCUAUAGGCCUCGUAGUGAUACCCAACGACCUUGUCAAACCAACCUCACCACUCCUGAAAGCAAAUCUCUUGACCUCUACCUCGUCUGAUCCUUAUGAGCGUCAUUGA